AUGGAGCCCACACAAAUCGGUGGCCAAGGACUCGACUAUCAGUUUAUCCAGGACCAAAUCCCCAGACUGCGGCAAGUGGCGAUGAGGCGCCAAGCCGCCGGAGAUUCUAGUGGUGGAGCACCCAGAGGGAACGGCAAGACAGGAGGGGGGGGGGAGACUCCGAGGAUCCGAGAGGCUCAGGUCCUACACGCACAGGCGGGCCAGAAGGUUCAAUCCCAACAGGCACGGAAAGACCGAAAGAUCAAGACCGCCCGACCUCAGGCCAGCCGCAAAAUCCUUCGGGCCCGCCGAACUUCCCGGGAUCUGGGCCAGAAACUCCUACUACUGGGGGCGGGGGGCAAGGUCCUAUGGGUCCACAAGGCCCCAUGA